ACGCUUCGGCAAACUCCGCUGCUGUUCCUUCAAUAGGAGAGUAGUAGCCUAGCCUAUGAAGAGCGGAAGAAACGCGAGGGAGAAAUAACACCGAGAGAGAAACAGACGGAGCGGCACAAAGGAGAGAGGAGAGUGUUGUGCGAGAGGGCGAUAUAGAGGGAGAUGAGAGGAGAUGCAGGCAGUGGCCUAGAUGUGCGAAUAGCCAAGAGUUGCUCUUUCUGGUUCACUGGAUGGAGGCUGCUCCCGCGCAGGGAGGACUAUAGAAAAUAUGGGGAUGUUUUACGCGGUUUGUUGAAGUCUACACAGUGAACCGUUACUUUUUUUCCAGUAGGUUUGUUCGUUCAUUCGUGUUCUGUAUUUUUACGAAGCCUACAUUGUGUGUUUUGGGGAGAAAUGGGUCAAUAAUUUGGAAGCGCCCAUGCAGUAGCGCACAGUCCCACACACUGCCGCGCGUCUCUGUCAAACAUGGUAUGAAAAUGCACUGAGCCUUUUACAUUUACACACGGCAAAUAUAUAGUUCACGCCGCUUCCUUCGCUCCCCCCAAUGUGAUGGCGAUGGAAGUGGAAGCUGACAGCGGCAGAGGUAUAUCAAGGAGCGCUCAUGAGAAAUGCCCGCGGGCUGUGGAGCGCAACGGCUAUGUGAAAACAUGUGUCACCCCUCUGUAUCAGGACGCAGGCUGCCAGUCUUGGCUGAGACUCGCAGAAAUAUGGAGUUCCCGGAGACUGUCGUCCGCAGUGUGUGUGGGCUCUGUAUCGGUUAUUCUCGCUUUGCUGGUCAGACUGGUUGACUGGGACGUGGAGCAGCAGAGUUGCGGCAGUAACAGCGAGAAUAACCGCGAGUCGGGAUCUCUAGUUCAUUUCGUGGCGAGCUGUGUGCUGGAACUGUUGUUGAACAUAUGGUACCUGGUGUCCCCUGUCUUCACUCUCGUAUGUGCCUUCUUUUGGGUUGGCUUGUACCUGAUCCGUUGCGGGGUGCUGAUUCGGACCGCCGUGUUUCUGUUGGCAGUGUGUCACUUGGGCGAAGCCGCGGCGCAGUCUCUCCUACACGGUGCGGAGGACCAGUUGCUGUCGUUUACCGCCACCGUGGUGGUUCUGUCCUGUCUAGCCAGCGGGGCGCUGAUGGUGGUCAGGCUCGGACAGGGGGUUUCCGUCAUCGUCUUCAUCAGCAUCAUCAGGACUGUGUCUCUCAUCUCCCUCAACAAGGUCCGGGCCAGCUGGAGACCCUACCUGGCGUACCUGGUAGGAGUGCUGGGGGUCCUGCUAGCGAGGUAUGCUGACCGGCUCCUGACAGGCUCAGGGCCACUCGGGGCGGGUUGUUGCUACGUGACAGCUGGGAAGGAAGAUAAUAUCAUUCCCGUGUUUAAAAGGCGACGGAGGUCCAGUUCGGUGGUCUCUUCAGAGAUGGCGCACAGUCACAGCAACAGCAAGUCCCACCGAAGGACCUCGCUCCCAUGCAUUCCACGGGAACAGAUGAUCUCACAGACUGAAUGGGACCACAAGAGGAGUGCCCGGGGAUCCCAGUCAUCGGGCACCAGUGUGUUGGUGGACAUAGCGGUGAUGGGGGAAGCCCAUGGAUUGAUCUCAGACCUGCUGGCAGACCCCUCUCUGCCCCCCAACACCUGCAGUUCCCUGCGGGCUGUCAGUAACCUGCUCAGUACCCAGAUCAGUUUGCAGCCGCUGCACCGGCCUCGAAUCAGCCCUCUGCAGGCACUCAGCGACACACACACCUGCUCCGACUCCGAAGACUGGCCAGAGAGAGAGAAACUGGCCAUCCCAAAGCGUCUGAGACGGAGCCUGCCUCCAGGCCUGCUGAGAAGGAUCUCCUCUACAUGGACCACCACCACCUCAGCUACAGGUCUUCCCACCAUAGAACCAGGACCUGUACGCAGAGACCGCUCUGCCAGCAUCAAACCCCUCCACGACAGUCCACCAUGCAGCAUGGGGAACAGUGAGUCGUGGAACAGCUCUGUAAUGCUCACCAUCUCGAAGAGUCGCUCCAUGUCUGCCUCCUACUCUGCUUCAGCCACCUCCAACCACCUCUACAGCAGACGCAUGACCAGACCAGGUUACCCCUCUUCCAACAUAUCACCUCUGGCCUCUCCCUGCCACUCCCCUCCAGUUCAGGGGACCCCUGUCUCCAGCCCCACCACCAAGUCCUGCCCUGUGGACCUACCAGAGCCUGUGGACAGCCAGGGAGAGAGGCCUGUGGGCCCCCAGACCCCACACAGAGCCUUAACACACAGCAUCAGUGCACCUAGCUCCACCACACCGCACUGGGGGCCACCAUCUUUCUGCAGCAGCUGUGGCAGACCGUACAGCAGGCUGAGCCAUGGGGAGGGGUCUAUGGACAAAGGGGACAGAAUACCCCACCCUGAUGACCCGGCAGUGGCAUCGUCAGACUAUGAGAGCACCUACGAGACCAACCACAGUGACAGCAGUGACUUUGCACAGAACGAGGACGACGGGGAGGGGGCCAAGAAGCCCUCGGACACCCAGGACGGGUGUAGGUCGUACCAGCCUGAGGGCAUCGUCCUGCACCCCCUACUGCCACCUCCGGAGGACACACAGCCCAUCCUGGCCCCAGAGCCUCUGGUAAUGCCAGAGCUGGAUCCUCUGAUGACUCAACUCAACAACUGGAACUUCCCCAUUUUCAACCUGGUGGAGAAAACACACGGCCGCUCAGGAUGCAUCCUCAGCCAGGUUUCCUACCGCCUGUUCGAGGACACGGGACUGUUUGAGACGUUCAAGAUCCCUGUCAGGGAGUUCAUGAACUAUUUCCAUGCUCUGGAGAACGGAUACAGGGACAUCCCAUACCACAACAGGAUCCAUGCCACUGACGUGCUCCACGCCGUGUGGUACCUCACCACCCAGGCCGUGCCAGGCCUGCCCAACCUCCUCACAGACCACAGCUCAGACUCUGACUCGGACAGUGGGCUCCUCAACCCCAGCCAUCCCAGCCAUAUAGGCCAUACAGGGUUCCUGGUCUCUAAGAUGUCUGCGGUGAUGGAGGAGGGUUAUGGAUGUCUGUCUGGCCUCAUCCCAUCCCUGGAGCUCAUGGCUCUGUAUGUGGCUGCAGCCAUGCAUGACUACGACCACCCUGGACGGACCAACGCCUUCCUCGUGGCGACUAGCGCUCCUCAGGCCGUGCUAUAUAACGAUCGCUCGGUGUUAGAGAACCACCACGCUGCGUCGGCCUGGAACCUGUUCAUGUCCCGGCCAGAGUACAACUUCCUGGGCAACCUGGAGCAUGUGGAGUUCAAACGCUUCCGCUUCCUGGUCAUCGAGGCCAUCCUCGCCACCGACCUCAAGAAACACUUUGACUUCCUGGCAGAGUUCAACGCCAAGGUGGGUGAUGAUGGCUGCUCGGGCAUCGACUGGUCCAAUGAGAACGACCGGUUGCUGGUGUGUCAGAUGUGCAUCAAACUGGCGGACAUCAACGGCCCACUGAAACACAAGGACCUGCAUCUACAGUGGACCGAGGGCAUCGUCAAUGAGUUCUAUGAACAGGGCGAUGAGGAGUCGAGUCUGGGCCUUCCCAUCAGCCCCUUCAUGGACCGCUCUGCGCCACAGCUCGCCAAACUGCAGGAGUCCUUCAUCACGCACAUCGUGGGUCCGCUCUGUUCCUCCUACGACUCCGCCGCCCUCAUGCCGGGGAACUGGGUUGACCCCGCCGACGCACGGAGGAAGGAGGUCGAGGAGGAAGAGGAGGUGGGGGAACGAGAAACAGAGGAGGAAGAGGAGGAUACAGCAGAGGAGGAUGAGUCGACUAGCUCUGAGAGUUCCCAGAAGCACGUGGUGAAACUUACGGAGAGCAGGAGGAGAGUGUUCUGUCCCAUCACUCAGCACCUUCUGGACAACCACGAAAUGUGGAAGAGAGUCAUUGCCUCCGAAACCCAGGACACGCCGGACAGAGAGGCGCCUAACUGCCUCAGCAACCCCGCCGAGCCAAUCACAGCCAUCCACGAGGAGGAGGAGGAGCCAGCCAGCAAGGAGGAGCCAAUAGAUGGCCAGGGAGAGGAGACGGAAGGGGAAGAGACGGGGCUUGCAGAGGAAGUGGUCGAGCAAUCAGAGACUGCGGAGAAAAAGGAGGAGGAGCUGGAGUGAGAGGAUUAUCUUUGACGCUUGAAGAUCAGGAAACGGAACAUUUAUCCAAACUCAUACCCUCUCCCAACUAGACUUUCUGACUCAUGUCAGAAAUGAUACCCUAUUCCCCAUGUAGUGCACUAGCUGGCCAAAUAUAGUGCGCUAUACAGGGAUUGGGGUGUUGUUUGAGACGCAGCCCCUGAUAUUUGGUUGCCAGCAAAUCACUUAGACACAACACUGUAGAAGUUUGGAGUAACAUGUGCCUAAAGAAAACAGGGUGGAGUGAGGGAGGGCACGCUGAGGAGGAGGAUGAGGGAGGGGUGGGAUUUGUUUUACACACAUAUUAUAUUGGAUCAGGUUUCCAUUGCAGAAGCCCUCUCCCUGACGAGGUUCCCACACCGCAAUACGGACCCACAGAACACUGACCCCACUGCCAGCCUCAAGACAUAGCCGGCCAUACUAGUGGUCUGCAUCCACCUGUCCUCUCCCACAGAGCCAAGGUGUACAAAGUGGACUGUGCUAAAUAGACAGUACAAACGCUAGCUCCUGAGGACAGUGAGAUGAGAAAGCGGGUAAAAGCUGUGUCCGCUCUGUGUUGGUGCUCAGGGAGCGAGGAGAGGACUGAGGACUGGGGAGAGGAGGGUCAGUGUUGAUACAGAGUGUGCUCACACACACACAAACCCAUCAGAAGAUUUGCUAGCUACCCCAGGAAGAGGGAAUGGGAAGUCUAACAUAGAACCAUGUAGCUCUGAAAAAGCUUUUGUAUUCACUCGAGGAAGAAAAUCCAGAGCAGUGUUUCUUCACAUUCUUCAUCUCUCUAAUUGUUCCAAAUAUACCAUGUUUUCUCUCUUUCUUUCUUUCUUUCUUUCUUUCACUCACUCCACUUUUGUGUCGGUCAUUCAGGCUCUUUUUCCCCCCUCUCACUCCUACACGGUUCCACAGGACUCAGGAACACAGACACACCCCACUGGGCACACACUGGUUGAAUCAAUGUUGUUUCCACUUCGUUUCAAUGAAAUUACGUUGAACCACAGUGAAAUUGGCAUUGAAUUGACAUCUGCCCAAUGGGACACAACACAGACCCCUCAACCUUGUACCCUUUGUCAUUGUUAUGUCAACCAACACAAGUGAUUGUUCUUUCCUUUGUGUUAUUGGUUUGUGGUUAUACUUUCUUAUUUUUUUUUCCCAACAUCAGCUGUAAUAUUUUCUCUCUGUGGCGUUUGUGUUUGGUAAAUAUGGUGUGGGCCUUUCUUAUUUUACGUACCCUGUCUCCUGAUGAUCUGCUCACUACAAAGGGAAUCACUUUGAAUCGGAAUCGCACGGUUUCUUAUAGAGUUAGAGCUUCCUUUUAGUCAGACGCCUAGUUAACUAUUCCAAUGUAAGAUGCUUUUUCUAAGUGCAAUAUGUCUCUCUUCGUAGCUUUUGACCCAGUAGAUGUAUGCAUGUACCACCUCGGUAGAGAAGAAGCAUUCACAUUAGGAUUCGUCUGUGGAUGUCAAUCUGACCAUGACACUGAAAAAGCGAUUCACCUUUUUGAAAGAUUCUCGACAGCCAUCUUCAUUGAUAAACUCUCUCGUAUAACUCUUUUGACGGUACACUGACCUCUAGCCUGUGUUUCAGUCCUCUCUCACAGUGGGAUCUACCACCCAAUACCCUGACAGGAAGUUCAGCCAAGAGAGCCAAUGUCAAAAGUACAUAGAUUCUCUUUCAGUCUCUUGAGCGAGCAUGAUUCCCCAUUAUUCCCCAUAGUGCCGCACUCAGUUCCCUCAGAGAACCAAAGUUAGUCGUAACCAGGCAUUUUCUAUUUAACUCUGGGAAAUCAUCUAUUUCUCCAAUAGGCUGAAAUGAUAACAGAUAACAGACCUUGGGCUCCAAUAGCUUUCAGCGAGUCAAGUGAUCAAAUAAAGUUUCCGAGUGAGCCUUGGAAAGCCUUGAAGGAGAUGUGGAGGAGCCCAGAGGUUCAACCAAGAGAACAAGGUGACAGUUAUACUCCACAUACACUCAGACUGUGCUGCUCUAUAGAACAUGGUGAAUCACGCAAUGGGGCUGAAUGCAAAACAAAAGUAUGACGAAAGAUGAUGCAGUAAAAAAUAUCCAUGCCAAGAAAGACAUGUCUUCUUAGUGUGUGUUUGCUGACUCCCUCAAAGAAGUGAUGUAUUUAUUAACUUCCUGAUAGUUUCAGCAUUUCAGCCAUAGGUCCAACUCGUUGAACUGUAGCUACCCCAUUGUAGCUACCACAUGAUACAUCUACCUGCAGCUAUCCCAUCUCUCCCUAUCCAUUCAGCUCCUAGCCCAGGGCAGCUCCCAUGACAUGAGCAGGCAGAUCAGGCCAAAGCAUGUGUACAUCCCAAAUGGCACCCUACUCCCUAAAUAGUGCACUACUUUUGACCAUAGCCCUA